AAGCGGACAGCUGACUCAGCCCUGUCUAAACCGGCCCUUGAGCCUUGAAGACUUGGAGACCCAGGAGUUUGAGAAGAGAAUGACAACACCCAGAAACUCAGUGAGUGGAACCUUCCCAAUACAGUCUACCAAAGGCCCCCUUGCCAUGCAGCCUUCUCAAAUGGCGAGCCUCAGGAGGCCCUCUUCACUGCUGGGCCCAACACAAAGGUUCUUCAUGAGAGAAUCCAAGGCUUUGGGGGCUGUCCAGAUCAUGAAUGGCCUCUUCCAUAUUUCCCUGGGGGGACUGCUGAUGAUCCCCACGGGGGUCUUUGCGCCCAUCUGUCUGAGUGUAUGGUACCCUCUCUGGGGAGGCAUUAUGUAUAUUAUUUCGGGAUCACUCCUGGCAGCAGCAGCAGAGCAAACCUCCAGGAAGAGCUUGGUCAAAGCAAAAGUGAUAAUGAACUCUCUGAGCCUCUUUGCUGCCACUUCUGGGAUAAUUCUUUCAAUCAUGGACAUACUGAACAUUACAGUUUCUCAUUUUUUAAAAAUGGAGCGUCUGAAUCUUAGCAAAGCUCCCAACCUGUAUGUUGAUAUCUACAACUGUGAGCCGGCUAACUCCUCGGACAAGCACUCCCCAUCCACGCGGUACUGCUACAGCGUGCAGUCUGUGUUCCUGGGCAUUUUGUCAGUGAUGCUGAUCUCUGCCUUCUUCCAGAAACUUGUGACAGCUGGCGUCGUGGAAAAUGAUUGGAAAAGAGUGUGCUCCAGAUCUACAUCUAAUGUGGUUCUGCUAUCAGCUGGACAAAAAAAAGAACAGACGAUUAAAAUGAAAGAAGAAAUCAUUGAGCUAAGUGGAGUAUCUCCCCAACUAAAGAAUGAAGAAGAAAUUGAAAUAAUUCCAGUGCAAGAAGAAGAAGAAGAAGAAACAGAAGUGAACUUUCCAGAACCUCCCCAGGAACAGGAAUCCUUGCCAGUGGAAAAUGAAAUCGCUCCUUAAAUGCUUUUCCCUUAUAAGCAUCAUCAUUUAGAGAGCUUCCAAGACACAUAGUUACCCCAUUCCUGUGGUCUUCCACAUCUAGUCUCCAUGUUUCUACAGCUUAUCUUUGCAUAUAGAAGCCACAUCUAGCUCUCCUUCCCAUUUGGAGAAUGUAGCGAUUGUAGCAGAUUGCGUUGUCCCUUGCUUGGGAGUCUUAUGAGAGCAGAAAUGCUGCAGGACUCACUUCUCAUCCACCUUUCUCUGGGCCGGGCAUUUUCGUAGUGGUAGUGCUUUUUCUCCAUUUUUCCAUCAGCAGCUGCAGCUGAGGGAAAGGACACACGACUGUCCCAUCCACCUCUCCGACUCUACCCACAUUUUUGGUGGAGUCCUUUCUGUAUUGCUGUCUUAAGGAAAAUAGAAGUAAUGAUGGAAGGGAAUGAGACACAUUUUUUUUCAGGGGAAAGGUCACUGUGGCAUGUUUCUCAAGCUUCUGGAUCCCAUUUGGAAAGCUGUGAAAGGCAGUAACUAACCCUGUCUCUGUACAAACAGCAGACCUUAGACAUAAGCGAGUCUCUGUGUCUUAACUUUGCCAAACUCCUGUUUCUGGGCUUCUGGUCACAUUGUCUACCUCCUUGAAUCCUUUAGUCAAGAGAAGAAAGGAUGGUGUGACAUAACGGGUACCCAAACCUCACAUCAUAGACAACAGCUGUGCUUACAGGGUAUUGUCCAGAUGAUAGAACAGUUUACAGAACACUUUCAUGUGAUCUUUCACGACCAUGAAAGAAUCCCUAGCACUAUUUUACAAUUAAACUGAAAAUAGGGAACAAGCCAAUGUAUCCUGACCCAUCACACCUAAUAGUUGUGGGGAUGUGAGUCAGAACCAUCUCUUCAAAUCCUGAUGAUGUCUGAAAUGACAGAAGUAUUUAUACCCAAUGUCCACACGGCUAUGAGCCAUGUGUUGAGUGGUAGAAGAGUCAGAACUGGAUUUGACACCCAGUGAGUAUAAACACCUAGAUACUUACAGUAUCAGAAAACCAGUCAGGACAUUAACGUGUAAAUCAGCUGGCAAGUUAUAAGAUGUAGAUACUAAGCGCUAUAAAUGAUCUCAGAAAGGUCAAGCUUAGAAAAAAACAUAGUUAAGAUGCCAACUCUCAGGACAGCCUCCUCUGUUCAUGUGCAGGGAGGCUAGCACCUGACCUA